UUGGAGGAGGAGCCCAGCGGAGCCAGCAGGAAGAUGUCCGGGCCCCGGGCUCCCAACGAGCGGCAAUCAGGCCCUGGGGGCGUGAAGCGCGGGAGGCUGCAGCAGGAGACGGGGGCCGUGGGCUCCAGGGUGACCGUGGUGCUGGGUGCACAGUGGGGGGACGAGGGCAAAGGCAAGGUGGUGGACCUGCUGGCCACCGACGCCGACGUCAUCUGCCGCUGCCAGGGAGGAAAUAAUGCUGGCCACACUGUGGUGGUUGAUGGUAAAGAGUUUGAUUUCCACCUGCUGCCCAGCGGCAUCAUCAACACCAAGGCUGUGUCCUUCAUUGGCAAUGGUGUAGUCAUCCACUUACCUGGCCUAUUUGAAGAAGCAGAAAAAAAUGAGAAGAAAGGUCUGAAAGACUGGGAAAAAAGACUCAUCAUUUCAGACAGAGCCCACAUUGUGUUUGAUUUUCACCAAGCAGUCGACGGACUUCAGGAAAUGCAACGUCAGGCUCAAGAGGGGAAAAAUAUUGGUACCACAAAGAAAGGAAUUGGACCAACGUACUCUUCAAAAGCUGCCAGGACAGGACUUCGCAUCUGUGACCUCCUUUCAGACUUUGAUGAAUUUUCUGCAAGGUUCAAAAACCUGGCCUAUCAGUACCAGUCAAUGUUUCCUACUUUGGAAGUGGAUACAGAAGGACAGCUGAAAAAACUCAAGGUUUUUGCUGAAAGAAUCAGACCCAUGGUACGAGAUGGAGUAUAUUUUAUAUAUGAAGCUCUCCAUGGGCCCCCAAAGAAGAUUCUUGUGGAAGGUGCCAACGCAGCCCUCCUUGAUAUUGACUUUGGUACUUACCCCUUCGUGACCUCAUCUAACUGCACCGUGGGGGGAGUGUGCACAGGGUUGGGGAUCCCGCCACAGAAUGUGGGAGAGGUAUUUGGCGUGGUUAAGGCCUAUACCACCCGCGUGGGAAUUGGUGCCUUUCCAACUGAACAAAUCAAUGAAAUUGGAGACCUGUUACAGAACCGAGGCCAUGAGUGGGGAGUGACCACAGGCAGAAAGCGGCGCUGUGGCUGGUUAGACCUUAUGAUUCUGAGAUACGCACACAUGAUCAAUGGAUUUACUGCGCUGGCAUUAACCAAACUGGAUAUCCUGGAUGCCCUAGAUGAGAUUAAAGUUGGUGUUUCAUACAAACUGAAUGGAAAAAGAAUUCCGUACUUUCCAGCUAAUCAGGAAAUACUUCAGAAGGUGGAAGUGGAGUAUGAAACCAUGCCUGGAUGGAAAACAGAUACAACUGGGGCCAGAAAAUGGGAAGACCUCCCUCCCAAGGCUCAGAAUUACAUCCGGUUUGUGGAGAAUCACAUUGGCGUAGCAGUUAAGUGGGUUGGUGUUGGAAAAUCAAGAGAGUCUAUGAUUCAGCUGUUUUAAACUGAGAAAGAACUUCAGUCCUGAGAGGCACAAUUCAAUAGUCAUCUGUUCCCCAAGGCCACAGGAGCUAUUCUGUUACUGAUCAGACUAAAUUGAAAAGAUUA